AUGCCUUUACAUAUCUCAGAGAUUGAAUUGAAAUGGGCAGAUGAUAAUCUUGUAAAGGAGCGACUCCAGGAGAAAGGGUUCAGCAACGAUAAGGCGUUAAGCGAUAUCACUCGUUCUGACAGAACAACUCAUGUUUAUGAAGGCGGUUUUAAGAUAUGGGAAUGCUGCUACGAUUUGUGCCAGCUGGUGGACGCUGAAUCAGCGGGUGUUCGUGGAAAGCGAGUGCUAGAACUUGGUUGCGGUGCUGGACUGCCAGGUAUUUUGUGCGCUUUACGCGGCGCUGCUCAUGUCACUUUCCAUGACUUCAACGACUGUGUUGUGCAGUGUUUUACGCAAGAAAAUCUACGGUUGAACGGUGUUGAAGAAUCGCAGUAUCAUUUACUCAGUGGCCCUUGGACUGACUUUCAGUCAAGUUUUGAGCCAAAGUGCUUGAAAAAUAUCCUAUUCGAAGGCGUUGAAACGAUCUACAAUACCGAUGAUUAUGAAGCCCUUCACGAUGCAUUCGAUUAUGCGCUGUCACCUAAAGGAGUGAUAUGGGUCGCAGCAAAGAUCUUCUAUUUCGGCGUAGGUGGCAAUGUCCCUUCUUUCAUUGAGUAUGUGGAGAAGAGAGGCGUAUUCAAGGCAACCAUGAAAAAGACCAUACAAUCCGAUAUUCCAAGAGCAAUCGUUGAGAUCCAUCGGAGUUAA